GUCACAUCCUUGUCUGGAUUUCCAGAGACUGACGUGCUCGUAGAGGCAAAAAUGAUUUCAAAGGCUGAGAUCACUGGUAAACAGAAAGUCUACCCAUCGCGUGAUGCUGCGCCCAACGUGGAGUGUCGUCAACAGGCCGACAACGCUGGUUUUCUCCUUCCCCAUGAACAGGCAGUAACUGGACGAGACGGCCAGUUCAAAUUGCGUGGUCUCUUCCCUGGUAAGGUUUUUUUUAUUAAUCGCGUUUCGGCCACCGUUGAUACACCGGAUUUGCUGCUACCCGGGUUGAGCAUCGUAAUACACCCAGUUGGCCGGCCGGAACGGGCACUCGUUCGCCACAAAUUCAGCGUGGGAUCAGGUCUUUUCUUCCUCACUGGGAAACAACUUCAGCCUCUCAUUGGGUCAGUCCCUUGA